CAUUGUUUUUGUGGCUGUUUCCUUCUCGGGGGCUGAACUCCUCAUGUUCUUCCUCAGCUUCUGUGUAGGGACCUUCCUACAGAAAACGGUCCUCCAUGCAUUUCUCUGUGAGUCAUUCCUAUGGGCUACAGUUCUUCAAAAACUGCUCCAGCAUGGGACCAGGCUGCUCCAGCAUGACUUUCCCCUGGAGUCACAGUCCAGCAAACCUGCUCCUACCUCAGCUCAGGCACCUUCUGGAGCCUGCUUUUCCACUGGCAUGUCUGCAGGUUCUCUCACGUACUCUCACUCCCUUCUUCUGUGACUGCUAUUUGCUUCUGUCCGAUAACUUUUUCCCCCCACUUCUUCGAUAUGUUCUCUCAGAGGCACUACCACUGUCCCUGAUGGGCUCAGGGCUUAGCCUUGGUGAGCAAUAGUUCCAUCUUGGAUCCAGCUGGCACUGUCUUCAUCAGAUAUAGGGGAAGCUUCUGGCAGCUUCUCAGAGAAGCCACCCAUGUAGUUCUCCCUUGCUUGCUACCCAAGCCUUGCCAGACAAACACAAUAUACCCAUCUCUCCUUCCUCACCUGUUUUUAAACAGCCUGCACUCCAGCCAUGGGGUUCAUCUCACCACCUUUGAGUAAUCACAACUAGGUUGUAACUUUCUAGAAGCAUGGAGGCUUCCAACUCCAUAUUUAUUGUGUGGACAUCCAUUUUAAUUGUUAAGGUUUUAACAUAUAAAUGUAAUUUGAAGUUCUACUUCUUUAUUCUUUUUCUUCUGUAUGCUGAUUUUUGUCAGGUGUGCUGGGUCCUGAAGUGUAUCCACUGCUUAAAAGUAGAGGGUUCAGUUAACAUGAGACUCUGAGAGUCUGUUGAUUAAUCUGAAAUUAGUUUGAUGAAAAAUUUAUCAGUCUUUCUGAAUAUUUCAGAAGAGGAAUUUAAAUCAAUCAGGUGUGCCAUAGGCAUGAUUCCUGGAGUUUAAACCAAGCAUGGUCCCAAUUGGCAAGGUCCUUGCCUGUCGCCUGACCUCAUACCAAAUUUAUAUACCUGUUUCCUGCUUUGCAGUGACUACAUUUAAAUGCAAAGUGAACUAGAGACAGUUGGAGGGAGGAACUGCAGAAAUCCAGUCUUAAAUCAGCUUAAACUGCUAUUGAACCCAGCCUUGAGGGGAAAGUUUGUUGUUGACAGCUGGCUCUGUUGUUAAGCAAAGAGAACACUGAAUUCUUUUUCAUACAGUAAUUAAUUCCUCCUGUUAUCUAGUGGUAUGUCCCUCAAUAUUUUUAUUAUGGUUUUGUCUCAAAAAAAUUGUUGAGUUUUUGGGGGAGCUUGUUAUUUGGUAGUGGUGGUAGGGAUUAAAUUUUCUUCGCUGUCAGCCACCUGGAUCUCAUGAGUUAAACUGAAAAAAAAUCACUUGCAUAAGUCAUUCUAAGUAUCUAUAGAUUUUUUUUCAUAUAAAUCUCUUUUAUUAUGCAUGAUAAAGCUACUAAUUUUUAGUGACAGUGGUUCUCAGAUUGCCAAAGUGUUUUGUAGCUAAUAUAGUUUAAUAGAGACUGAGGGCAGUAAAAGUUUUCACAGAACAUUUGGAUUACAGACUAGUAGUUAGUGUUUCUUCACUGUGAUUCUUCACAGACACGUACAGUCUUCUGUUUUGAAGGUACCAAGUGAAGAAGAACCUGCCUCAUCUGUUUAUUAUUUUCACUGGUUACUCAUCCACUGCUUUAAAGAAAUUUAAGAAGAAAGGGAAAUAAAAUGCUGGUUCACAAUUUUGAAUUCAUUUUGGUUUGUCACCAUUCAGUUGUAUAGUCAUUUUGGCUGUGCAAAUUUGAGGAAUCUUCAGCUCACAAACUCUGUUGCAUAUGAAGACAUGUCAUUCUUGGUUGUCUUUCUGAUAAAUUUUCUUUGUCAGGCCUUUCCCUUGAUUCUUGAACCAUUUCUUUAUUCUACCCAAAUUUUAAACAUCCCUUUAAACAUCAGGGCCAUGAUCAUAAGCACUUGUCUACCAUUUAUGUACUUCUAAUGGUUUUAGAGUCAAAAAAUGUCUUAAUAAUUGCUUUAAUGCUUUCUACUGAAGAAGGUUAUUUGAGUGGUUCUUUCGCUGUGACUCAUUAAAUGCUUUUCAGAGGUUAUUUUCCAGAGUAGAGGCCUUCAUUCUGUGGCCUGCUUCAAGUUCAACUUCGAAUGUGAAUGUAUAGAGAUUUUAGUGUAAUUCAGUAAGACAGAGAAAAAAUGGUUUUGAAUGCUGACGAGUUAUUUACAAGCUGAGAGAAGAUCUGCUGCUGAUUUUUCUUACUUAUUCCUAAAGGGACAAAGCUCAGAUAAGUGACACAUUUUUUCAUAUGUAAGCAAAAGAUAUUUCAAAUCUAAGUAAGAUAAAAAUAACAUAAAACUUUAUUUAUACAAACUUGUGUGCUAGCAGGGGGAAAAAUAUUUGGGCUUCUAACACAAUUGGUAUUAGCUAAUUUAAAAAUAUUAAUAUAAAUAAGGGACAAAUUAGUGUGCUAAUGUAAGUGGCAAAAUAAAAACAUUUCUGCACUAACUUUUGGAUUUUAUAUUUUAAUUUUAUUCAGAGAUCACAAUGCAGACAUCAGAGACUGGGGCGGAUACAGGUUCAACUGUGACUUUACAGACAUCUGCGGCUGGCCAGGCAGCAGUGCCCACGCAGGUAGUGCAGCAAGUACCAGUUCAGCAGCAGGUACAGCAAGUACAGACUGUGCAGCAGGUACAGCAUGUCUACCCAGCCCAGGUUCAGUAUGUGGAGGGAAGUGACACAGUCUACACUAAUGGAGCUAUCCGAUCAACAACUUAUCCUUACACAGAAACCCAGAUGUACAGUCAAAACACUGGGGGAAAUUAUUUUGAUACUCAAGGAAGUUCUGCACAGGUGACAACAGUGGUCUCGUCUCAUAGCAUGGUGGGCACUGGAGGGAUUCAGAUGGGCGUAACAGGAGGACAACUCAUUAGCAGCUCAGGAGGGACCUAUCUGAUUGGCAAUUCAAUGGAAAAUUCUGGUCAUACAGUGACUCACACAACGCGGGCCUCCCCAGCGACAAUUGAAAUGGCGAUUGAGACACUGCAAAAGUCUGAUGGUCUGUCCACUCACAGAAGCUCUCUUCUCAACAGCCAUCUUCAAUGGCUUUUAGACAACUAUGAAACUGCAGAAGGAGUGAGCCUUCCAAGAAGUACCCUUUACAACCAUUACUUACGACACUGUCAGGAGCACAAGUUGGAUCCAGUCAAUGCUGCCUCCUUUGGAAAACUCAUACGGUCAAUCUUCAUGGGACUACGGACCAGAAGACUUGGAACUAGGGGGAACUCCAAAUAUCAUUACUAUGGGAUUCGUGUCAAGCCAGACUCUCCUCUUAAUCGACUACAAGAGGACAUGCAAUAUAUGGCCAUGAGACAGCAGCCCAUGCAGCAGAAACAGAGGUAUAAGCCUAUGCAGAAAGUGGAUGGAGUUACAGAUGGCUUCACAGGAAGUGGUCAACAGACAGGCACAUCUGUUGAACAAACUGUAAUUGCCCAAAGUCAACAUCAUCAACAGUUCCUAGAUGCAUCUCGAGUACUGCCAGAGUUUGGCGAAGUUGAAAUAUCUUCUCUGCCAGAUGGUACUACCUUCGAGGAUAUCAAAUCACUACAGAGUCUUUAUCGAGAGCACUGUGAGGCAAUACUGGAUGUGGUUGUUAAUCUUCAAUUCAGCCUGAUAGAAAAAUUGUGGCAAACUUUCUGGCGCUAUUCUCCUUCUGCUCCACCUGAUGGCACUCCUGUUAAUGAACCAAGCAAUCUGAGUGAAAUAGAAAGUCGACUUCCUAAAGCAAAGCUGAUUACUCUGUGCAAGAAUGAGUCUAUUCUGAAAUGGAUGUGUAACUGUGACCAUGUGAUGUACCAGGCUUUGGUGGAGAUUCUCAUUCCUGACGUCCUUAGACCUAUUCCUAGUGCCUUGACCCAAGCCAUUCGCAAUUUUGCAAAAAGCCUUGAAGGUUGGCUUUCAAAUGCCAUGAACAAUAUUCCACAAAGGAUGAUACAAACCAAGGUUGCCGCUGUAAGUGCCUUUGCCCAGACUCUGCGAAGAUACACAUCUCUUAAUCACCUGGCUCAAGCAGCUCGUGCUGUGCUUCAAAACACUUCUCAAAUCAACCAGAUGCUCAAUGAUCUCAACCGUGUUGAUUUUGCCAAUGUUCAGGAGCAGGCUUCCUGGGUGUGCCAGUGUGAUGACAACAUGGUUCAGAGACUCGAAACAGAUUUCAAGAUGACUCUUCAACAGCAGAGCACCCUGGAGCAGUGGGCUGCCUGGCUUGAUAAUGUAAUGAUGCAAGCAUUGAAACCGUAUGAAGGAAGACCUAGCUUUCCUAAAGCAGCACGGCAAUUUCUGUUAAAAUGGUCUUUCUACAGCUCAAUGGUGAUUCGGGAUUUAACCUUGCGCAGUGCUGCUAGCUUUGGCUCUUUUCAUCUGAUCCGCUUGCUUUACGAUGAAUACAUGUUUUACUUAGUAGAACAUCGUGUUGCUCAGGCAACAGGAGAGACACCUAUUGCAGUUAUGGGAGAGUUUGGUGAUUUAAAUGCUGUGUCCCCUGGAAAUAUGGAUAAAGAUGAGGGCAGCGAAGUUGAAAGUGAAAUAGAUGAAGAGCUGGAUGAAAGUGGAGAGCCACAAGCUAAGAGGGAGAAAACUGAGCUAAACCAGGCAUUCCAGGUGGGCUGCAUGCAGCCAGUGCUUGAGAGUGGAGUACAGCAGAACCUCCUGAACCCAAUUCAUAAUGAGCACAUUGUUGCAACUACUCAGACUAUCAGACAAUGCAGUGCUACUGGAAAUACAUAUACUGCAGUCUAAUGUGAAACUGCCCCUGGCCUCCAACACACGCCCCAUUGCAUUAGCUGUUUAGGUUUAAUAGGAAAAAGAAAAAAAAAAAACAAUAAGUCUGAAGGUUGACUAUUGUCAAAUGUAACUUCUGAUCAUUAUUUUGUUGGAGUUGUUAAAUGGAAUGGGUGUACGUAUUUUGUACGUAUUUACAAAAAAAAUUUUGUAAACAAAAUCAUUUUACUUUGGCCACUCAAUAUGAAGAGGUUUCUUUGUAUCAAAUGCAAGGAAGAUUUUUGCAAAGUUAAAUGUUAAUGUUUUGUCCUCUUAUAAUAAUUUAAUUUUUUUCAUAGUUUUAAAAAUAUUUUAAUGUUAAUUAUUAGUUAUGAUGCUGAUUUCAUAUAAAUAGGUUUUUAAUUAGAUGCACUUCUGUGAAAUAUCAAAAGAACUAUUUUCUUUGAUUUACACUGGAGGCAUACUUAUUUGACAGCAGAUGUAUCAAAUUUGUUAUAAAAGGUGCUUUUCAUCAUACUACGAGAAGACACUAUUUUGAUAAAAUUGUGAGUAUUCAGGGGGAUUUUUUUGUAAUAAUGCUGGAGGGUUGAGAAGAUCUCCUAGUUUCUUCCUGUGAGGAAGAAGCCGUUUAAAAGACAGAAUUGUAUCAGAAUGUGGUAAUCUGUAUGGCAUAAAUGUACCUAAUUAUCUGAACAUGAUGUAAACAAUGCAAGCUUCAUUUAAAAUCAACAGUUUCAGAUAUUAUUUGCAUACAUACCAGUUCCUCUGUUUUGAAGACUACUGAUUCUAUAUGUGAGGCCACUGAACAGAUGCUUUUGAUUGUUCAGCGGCACUGUAGUUGUUAGAAACUGAAGCUAAAAAAAGAAGUGACUUGAUUAUUGUUAAUUUUAAGUGUAUGUGCUACUUAUGCUGAACUGGACAUACAGGAAAACAUUCCAUUUGGAUGACUUUCUUCUAUUCCAGGUCUUUUCCUACUAGUGGUUCAAUCUGCUGCUCUUAGAAAAGGUGAUUUAUAGAAUGCAAGGAAUGUAGCAACCUGCAUAAUUUUUCUUUCAAAAACAUUUCCUUGUUGUUAAAGUGGAUUUAAAUUUUUACAAAAAUUAGACAAGGCAGUGUAACUGGCACACCUCACUUGUACCUAUUCCCAAUUGUGUAGAAUUUGAAUAGGUGGCUAGAUGGACCAUUGCCAUUUAAGAAUGUACAUCAGGGAUCAUUGUACCUCGGCUAUUACAUGGUGCCUUAAACAGAACUGAAGCUAAGACUUAGUACUUUUUGUUAUUCUUAACUCUUAAAUUAAUUCAACAAGGUGUGCCUGUCAUUUUCAAAUUCCCUAAGAAGUAAGGACAGGUUACACAGCCUUCAAAAGAAUAAAAUGAUUUUUUUAUUAUUAAAUAAUUUUAAUAUCCCUCUUAGAAUGACAAUAGACCUAUUUUUUCUCGUUUCUAGCUGGAUUUCACUUUAAUAGAAAUAAAAUUUGCUUGGGAAUUUGGAAAGCAAAACUAGCUUUAAUACCAACUUCAAAUGUCAAAAUAGAUUGACCAUAGUCCCAAGCAUGAUUAUAUAUUUUCUAAACCCUUGCCUACUUUUAAUUUUAAAAACUAAAAAGAAAUAAAUGAGCAGGUACAUAAUGCAGUGCAUGUUUUUCAAUUUCUAUGUUUUGUGGUGUAUCAGCCAGAUAUUACAUUUUAAUGGUUGAAUAGUAUCAGUUUAUAGAGACCAUAUUAAUUGACAUUAAUGAACUCAAGUUUUUCUUCACAAACAUUUCAUUGUGCAGACACAUUAAUUUGCUACACUUAAGUAGUGGAAUUAAAUAGGAAAAAAAAUCCAAAAAGUGAAUGAGAACACAAAAAUAUCAACUUUACAGGAAAGACUGUGUAAAAAAAAUCGGAUUAUUUUAUUCUGGUUUAUUUAGUGUGUCUGGAAAUGGCUUUCAAGUCAUAUAUACCAAAUGGGAGAAGAGCAUGUAAAAUGGAAGUGUAUUUAUAGCAAACAAGUUUGUUGCUAAAGUUUACAUAUGCUCCAAAUACAGUUGCACAUAAAUUAAAAUGUCCUAACAUUAUUGGUGCACAAAAAAAAAAAAAUUAAUUCCUUUGCAGAAUUGUGAACCCAUCCAGCUCAUUCUGUGUAGGCAUAAUUCCUACUAAUGUUAGUAGAUGGUUUUUGCCUCAGUAAAAAGUAAAAGUGACAUUUAUAUUCAUUAUUUCUAAACUCAUAAAUGCACUGAAUCUCAUUAUAGAUUUUGUUGUCACAUAUAUCGUUCAGUGUGUCCUGAUUUUUCCUUAGAAAUCAGCGCAUCUGUACCCUUCACCAAAAAUGCUAAAACUAAGCUGUGAUAAAUAUUUACUCCCCUUCAUUGUGCAUUAUAAGAUGUUUACAAGUAAAAUAAAGUGAAAUAAUUCAACUUUUUUUUUUUUCAUUUUCAGCUUUUUUAAAAUACUGUAGUAGUUGUUUUAAUUUUUGUGUUCAUUUGUGUUUUCUUAUUCUUUCUUGGUUAAAUGUUGAAUUUGUUGUUGCUGAGAAAAGAGUAUAAUUGUACAAGGUAAAUCUAGAUUGCUAAAUAUGGUGGGACUUGAGUAUCUUUCAUUGUUUAGCUUUCCACUCCACUCAGUUGUUAAAUGUCAUAAUGUGAAAAACAAAACUGAACAAAAAUCUGAAUACAAAAAUGGAAUGUAUUUCAUAGAUUCUAAAAACAAUGAAUUUUCAAGACAAAAUGGAACUUUCACAGGUUCAAAAAACUGACUGGAGUCUGUAUUCUUAUUCUUAAAUUCUAAAUAUUUUACCAGAUUUUUUUAGAGGAACUAUCUUACUGUGUUGUAAACGUACAGAAUUGGGGGUCUUUUGUUUUGUUCUUACUGAAAUUUCAAUCAAAUGCUUAGAUAAAACAUUUUGCACACUCUUGCUGUUUAAUAGUUGGGUUUUAGUACUUGUUGAAGUAGAGAGUUACGAAUACCUCAGUGUGUAUUCUGUAAUGUGUAGCAUGCGGCUGCAUUGCCACACCAGCUCUGAAGUCUGUUGUUAAUGCGAUGGAGAGGUGUAGCAUGUGUCCACAGGGUAGACAUUAUGAGAGUUGACAUGAUUUAUGUGUUUUAUCUAAUCUUGAAAUGGAAUCCAGAAUAGUUAUUUAAGAGGCAUUUCCCCCAUUAGCACAAAAUAGCACAGUGAACAGUGUGGGGGAAGAGGUCUUGUUGAACUACCUUUACAAAGCACAGGGCCCAAUUUUCAAAAGUUUUAUAUAUGUUAAAAUGUUUUGUUACAUUUUCAUCUUUCUUGUGGUAAAUCAGAUUUAAAACAUAUUUUUUCUUUUUUUCGUUUUUUUUUUUUUUUUUUGCUUGUACUGUAGUAUGCUCAAAGCACCUUCAUUUUUAAUAAGUUCCAUAAAAAUUUGGAAAGUAGAUGUUGAAUUAUUUGCCUAUAAAAUGAUAACUUUAAAGGCAUUACUGCCUUUGGUUCAAAAAAAUAGGAAAAUAAAGUUCUGUCAUUCAGGAAUGCAUAGGUCUAUAUAUAAAUUAAAUUUAAAGCAAGGUAUUUUAAAAUAUAUGAAAUACUUUUUGUUUUAUCUUGUUUUCCAUAGGAAAUCAUGUUCACCAAUUGACAUCUGCACUGUUUAGGAAAAAAUCCAUGUUAGAGAUACACUGCAAUCCAAUUUAAUUCUAAAUGCUUUUACAAAACAAAACCAACCACUGAGAGCCAUAAAUGCACUGACAAAAAACCCAGAUUUACUAAUAAUAUAAGUAUACAACAAUAAUUUCAGAGUUUGAAAUAUAAAUCUGAGAGAGCAAGAUGAAUUUCUGAAAAUUGGGCCCUUGUCACACUAACAGGACCUGCUCUUUGUAUACAGUUUAAAGCAAAUUGGUACAUGGAAUUCUAGUAUCUCUGCUAAUUUGUUUGGUGAAUUAACACUGAAAAUAAAAACUGGAAUAAAAGCAUAAACACACAGUGCUUAGUUCUAGUACUAGGAAAUUAAUUUGAUAUAAUGCCUUGCAUUAACCCUUUGAGCAUUGUAAGUAACAUGACGGGAACAAAGAUUUUUAGAUAAUUUAACUAGUCCACUGAGUAUAUACUUUGAAAUAGCUUAUUGUAUUGUAAAUCUUUUUUUAAUUAUGUCUAAAGUAAAUACUUGCAUACAAUAUGGGGAUGUUUUUUUAUUAAUAGGGGCCUCAGUAGAUGUAGGCAAAAUAUUCAUUGCCAUUUAUAUGUACUGUGUAAUAUAAAACAGUACUUCAGCUACCUGGUUUUCAUAACUGCAUGUAUAUACAAAGAAAAUCAAACAGGAUUCUACAGAUAGGAAGUUGUCUACUUUAAGAUUCCUUUAGAAGAUUGUCCUGGUUUACAGCAAAUUUGGGAGAAAACCUCUGAAAAGGGUCCUCUUUAGAAAGCAAACCCACAUAGCCCCUCCCCCAAGACGGUUUGGGAAGAAUUUCCUCAGAGAGAAGUGGAAAAAAACCUGUUUAUUUAAACAGGCAAAGCACUCCCCAGCAAAAAAAUGAACAAUACCAGAUGACAAAACUCAUUUGUCGCUCUGAAGAGAUGACAAAUCCAGAUAGUCUCUCUGGGGUGGUCACUCUGUUAUCAGUCCCUGCGGCACUGGGAAAGGCUGCUGCUGCCCACAGUAGGUCCUGGUAGGCCACAAAGCGUGAGCUCCUGGUGUUUCCCCGGGUCCCAGGCCAGAGCAGGUUUGAACGGAUCCAAGAGAAGGGAAAGAAAACCAGUCCAGGGAAAGCUUGGACUGCCUCAGCUCGCUAAACUAACUAAAAAGCAAAGGAGCGCAGUGUUUUGCCCUGUCUGUGCCGACAACACAGUGGAAUUCUGUGUUUCAGCAAACUGUGGAGGAGUGAGUGCAGGCUAAUAACAAAACUCCUUCGUCUUCUUCUCCCUGCCUUUGCUCUCAAAGCCUGUCUUGAAGGCACAGAAUAUAACAGCCAGCAUAAACAGAACAUACUAUUGGGGAUACUAGCAUCAUAACGUCACCCUAGGACA